GUGCCACUUUCAGGUCUCCUCACACUGCUGGUGUGUUCCAUUUUUUGUCAUAGGGUGCUGGCAGAUUACGGGCCUCCCAUUGCUGCUGCCAGGCCCGUAAUCUGCCAUGGGCCCCUGUACCCGCCUCCUCAUGCUGCUGCCAGGUCCAGAGUGUGUCAUGGGUCCCUGUACGGCCUCCCAUUGCUGCUGUCUCCAUCGCCACACUCUGCCAUGUGCCACUUUCAGGUCUCCUCACACUGCUGGUGGGUUCCAUUUUGUCAUAGGGUGCUGUAUGGCCUCCCAUUGCUGCUGCCUCCACCGCCACACUGUGGCUCCACACUCUGGUUUUGGCCCCGUGACUGCCCAAAUGAGUGAAGUGUGUGGUGAUUCUAAGAUCGACGGCACUCAUCUGCAUGUCAUACUG